CCGUCCGCACCAGACAGAAAACGGCAAGAGCCAUCGGGCCGCCGGAGAAACGUCGUUUCAUCUUGAUGCCUGGGGAUUCCUUCCAGCUUCCUUCCUUCCUGGUGCGGUUGGUGGGAGUCAAGGGUCCUGGUAUAUCGUGUCAACUUUGUAGAUGGAACUGAAAUUCAUGUUGAAUAAACGAUAAAUAUUAUGACACCCUCCUCGAUUUUUCUUGCUGUGUCCUUGAUUUUCAAGAUGGUUCCUGCAUUGGACUGCAUUCAGAAACAGGGAGGCUUCUUGGGAUCCACAUGCCUUUCUUUGUCCAAUGAUUGCAUGCAUCCUCCCUCCUGUCACUCUGUCGUGUCCACAAUCCACAUUGUUUGCUGUAUGUAUGUGGUAGACACUGCAGGAACUGAUUUGGCAGCAGUAGUACAUGACUUCACAAACCUCAAUGCUUCCCCAACUUGCAAGACGAAGCAGGCUGGCUGUCAUAUGCUGUGCCGCCGGGGCUCAUUUCGGUCGAUGUGUAUCAUUAAAUACGGUAGGCACCGAGAUAUACCAGACCUACAUAUGAAACUUCUUUUUCGCCUUUUUUGUUUCUGAAAACAUCAUUGUCAAUUCAGUGAUUUCAGUCUGCAGUUAGCCCCGUGAUGUCCGCGAUGAAUCUAUGACGUGGCAUCCUCUUAUCGUCCUUGUCAUGAACCA